AUGAGCUCCUUCCGCACACAUAGAGUUGUGAUUGCCUCGCUCUUCCUCCCUGAGACGGUCUGUCUUGGCGAGGGGUCGGAAACAUCAACGCCAACGAUCACGAAACCAGAGUUGAGUGCGCCGAGCUCGGGUCCAACCACGGGCCCGGGUGCUACGCCGCAGCGAUUACUGUCUGGUGCAAGUAGUCCGCGCUUGCAGAUCUCGAAACCACCGACAUUCGCAAGACAGUUCUCUACCCCUGCCCCGCCACCGAGGAGUAUCGUACAAGAUCUUACGGAUAAGUCAAGAGGGAAUACACCCGCCGUCGCCCAUUCACCUGGGCAAGAAAUCGCCAAUCCAUUCAGUACACUCAACCCUCUUGCUGCGGCCGUGCAUGCACUAGGCGAUGGACCUGCUCGUCGUUCACCUCAAGGUCCAGAACGUCUCCAACCGCGUGUCCGGCGGGCCUCACGCUCCUCCUCUCGUCGCCCCGGAAUCGAGCGCACGAUGUCAAACGGCGAGUCCAAGACUAAGUGGCACCUUGAAUCAAACCCAAGGUGUAACGGUGGGCUGUACAACGCCGUCAAUAGUGUUCACGAUCGUCUCAGACGGAAGUUAUGGGUUGGCGUACUGGGCACUUCUACCGACUCGUUUGACGAGGAGCUUCGCACGGACGUAGAUAGACGCAUGCGCAUAGAGGCGCAGAGCCUUCCUGUUUGGAUCCCGGAUGAUGAGUUUUCAAAAUGUUACGAUGGAUUUUGUCAUCAGGUCCUUUGGCCGUACUUGCAUUAUGCGGUUCCUGACGCACCGAAGACGAAGUCUUUCUACGAAUCGGAAACGUGGGCAAAAUAUUGUUCUGUCAACCAGAAAUUUGCAAAUGCCAUUGUUGCUAAUUACGAGGAUGGUGAUAUUAUUUGGGUGAAUGAUUACCACCUGAUGCUCGUACCCUCGAUGGUCCGAGAGAAACUGCCCAACGCAGCCAUCGGCUUCUUUAUGCACGUGGCGUUCCCAUCAUCGGAGAUCUUCCGUUGUUUGACCAUCCGAGAGCAACUCCUCAGAGGACUACUCGCCGCAGACCUCGUUGGCUUCCAAACCGCAAAUUUUGCACGGCACUUCCGUCAGACCGUCUCGCGUAUUCUGACGCUUGAGUCUGUUCCGAAAGGAAUCCAGACGGAAUCACGUUUCGUCGAUGUUGCGGUAUUCCCGAUGGGUAUUGACGUCAAGGCUUUGAAUAUCCGGAGACGUGAUCCUGAAGUCGCGGAGUGGGUGAAGCAUCUGCAGGAUCGGUAUGCGGGCCUCAAGAUGAUUGUCGGCCGCGACAAGCUUGACGAAAUCGCGGGCAUGCGACAUAAACUCAAAGCUUUUGAGGCCUUCCUCGAGAAAUAUCCCGAUUUUCAAGGGAAAGUCGUGCUUAUCCAAGUCGCGUUGUCAACAACAAUGGAGAACGAACUGCAAGGAAAUGUAGUCGACCUUGUCGGAAGGAUCAAUUCGAAGUUCUCCACACUUACAUACCAACCGAUCGUCUUCCUUCACACAGAUGAAGUGACGUUCAGUCAAUACCUCGCGCUACUCACCGCAGCAGACGCCUUCCUCGUUACAUCUCUGCGCGAAGGAAUGGCCUUGCGUACACAUGAAUACGUCGUCUGCCAAGAAGGCCGCGCUCGUCCAAGUCCACUCAUCCUUUCCGAAUUCACAGGAUCCUACUCCUACAGCGGUUUCCGCGCAUGCUUACCCGUCAACCCAUGGGACACACGCAUGACCGCCAAUGCGAUCUACGCAGCACUCACCAUGUCCGACACUGAGGCGCGUUCGCGCUGGAAAGACUUACACGCACAUGUCAUCACGCAAACAGCACAAGCAUUCGUCAGUGCGUUCCUCACGCGUUGUUUGCGUGUACAUCUCGAACACGAGAAAGCUGCGGAGAACACUGAGGAUGACGCCGGUGCUGGUCGUGCACCGCCGUUGGAUAUCGAGCGCGUGCUACCGCGUUAUCGACAUGCGUAUAAACGGCUUUUGCUUAUCGACUUUGAGGGAACGAUUUGGUUGCGCGAUCCGUGUAGCCAGGAAUUUAAUCCACCUCAGGAUGCAUUGGACGUGCUGGAUGCAUUGUCCAAAGACAAUAGGAAUGAGGUUUGGUUGUUGAGUGGACUGCCGAGAGCUGGCGGACUCGAGAAGAUCGCGGAGCAGGUGCCGACCAUCGGCUUAGUUGCGGAGAACGGUUGCUUCCUGAAACCACGCGCCAUCAACGGCCAACAUCAACCAUGGAUCAACACAGUAGCCAACUUCAACCUCUCGUGGAAAGCUCCGUGUCUCGAGAUGUUGCAAUACUUCUCUGAGCGGACACCAGGAAGCCUCGUCGAAGAGCGAGAAGCCUCCAUCGUCUGGCGUUUCUGGACGAACCAAUCCGAGUCCGUAGCAGAACGUCAAUGGGCAAGGAGGCAAGCCGCCGAAGCGCAGAAUCACAUAUUCGAUAGUUUGGGCGAGAAAUACAGCCUCCGCAUAAUCCCGGGCCAAAACGCCUUCCUCGUCCUUCCAAAUAACGUCUCCCGUUCCUCAGCAGUAGGCGCCAUUCUCGCUCCAGGCGGACCCGUCCGCUUCACUUCCACCCACUCCUCCCUACCACAUUCAAUUUGGUCAAGCAUGUCAAUCGAGGCAGAUGCUUACCCCUCAUACACAUACGGCUCAGGCCAACUUGAUCCCGAAGGUGAUUUGGGAAUCGAAUUUGUGUUUGCCGUGAGUGGGGACGAGAAGUUGUUGAGGAGGUUGAACGAGUUGGAGUGUGCGGAGACAGUGAGUUCGGGGAGUAGAGGGGAGGGAAGUGGGGUGGGUACGGAUGCGAAGUGGACGAUUGAGCCGAGGGAAGUGUGUAGAGUCCUUGGGGAGUUUGCGAAUGUAAGAUAA